AUGCAGGCAGUCCUGACCUCAGGAGCAGACCAACAAGCCGCUGAGGACUACCUGAUGGCUUGGAUGCCCAUAAAGAUCCGACCCCACCUAGAUCCGACACCGGCAGCACCCACCGAUCAACCGGCCUCUACCCCGGCCAACCAACCAAACCUUCAAACUUAUCAGCCUCAAGUUCCUCCCGUCCAAGUCCAACCAACAACGCCUGCAUUGCCGAUGAUCAGUCGGGCGGAGGACCCGACUAGGAGGCAGUCCCUUCCUUCUUUGCCAACGCCAUCACCAACCGAACCGGAGGCGGCAGUAGCUUCAACAGACAUCGAGGCGGCUGCUCAACCGAUGGCCGUACUACCAACGGAAAUCGCUGAUUCCUCUUAUUCACUUGAAGAGCUAGCUGCCCCCGCUGCAGCCAUUCCACCGCCGGAGGCGGCAGCGCAUGCAGCAGAAUCACUUGCUGCCAUCCGUCCAGGAGGUCUCCCACUCGAUAUAGAAGAACUUUCUUCUUCUGAGUCGGAAGCCUCUGUUAACAACAAUCUGACAGAGGUGUAA